AUGCCUUCUCCCCAUCUCCGUCGGUCAUCGUCUCUGGCGCACAGAUCACAACGCACUCGCCGUCGCGGCGAUGGUGGCGCCAUUGACCUGGACUCGGAUCUGCGUCGUCUCGCGCCACGAGAGGGUAGUUUCGGGCGGCAAAGUCUCAACGACAAGCUGCGCAACCUCAACAACACCUUGGAGCAUCUCAAGGCUAUCGAAGAGGCAUUGGCACAGCGAGGUGCUCAUGCCUCGCCCCGCGUCUCCGACACCAACACGGCCGACUGUGCCUCUGCCCCUGCCCCUCAGCGUGGAUUGACGAUGGAAUCGGAGCAGAACGGCGCCAGCAACAAUCCAUGGACGGGGCUGCGGCAUUUCAGCACUACCGCCGUCUAUCCAACCUUUAGCGAACGCCAGCGUCGCGGCGGGCUCAUCCCCGCCCAAAGCUUCGGAGCCUACCACCACCAGCCGCAAUCCGGGAUGACCCCUCUCGACCGGUUUGCUGGGCAAGAUCAGCACUCUCGGGACAUGCGCAGCGUAGACGCACGGAACGUACCUGCCCCGGGACCUCCCUGUCGCAACGCACGCGCCUUCGUCGAGGUUGAAUUGGAGGCGACAUCCGUUCAGCCGGCGCCGUGUCGCCAAACACAUACUCGUGUCACCGCCGACGGUCGCGUAGCUGCCGUGGAAUCAUUGACUACGUCCUAUGGCGACCACACCCCGUCUGUCUAUCCUGGAGAGGCUAAGUUUGGCGAGCAAGAGGAAGCCGUCUGGGCCGGCACUCUUGCGGGCAGCCUGGUCCCCGCCGAAUCAGCCGCCGUUCUGGUCGGCAUCGGAUGCGACAUCCUCGGCGCCGAUUCGUGGGGGUCCGAAGUAUUCGCUAGCUCAGACAGUGUUCAACCCCACCGUGACGACAUGCACGUCGUGGACAUCUGGCCAACUUCGCAGCCUGAUCCUGAGGGCACUCGCCAUACGCUGCCUCCUUCGGAUGCCUCGGAUCCUUCCAUGCUUGUUGAGCAGUGGGGGAAUUCGCCCUCGCUACCUUCUCUACUGGAUGAUGUCAUGAAGCCUGAUUUUCGCUUGGCGUCCUAUGAGGAGUGGCAAGGGCCAUUUUACCCCUUCAAUCAAGCUAUCAUGUCUCGAGCUCACGACGGCAGCACGGCGAAUUCGUCUUACCAGUGGGAUAUCCAGGUGGCUGAACCAACGUGGCUCGAACGGGUGCCAAUAUACCACGAUGAGUUUCCUGACGAGCCAAGGGGCCUCCCCGACGUGCCCCUCAAUAUCAAUCAUCGUUACUACACCCCGGACCCAAUGGAUCCCCGUUACAAAGUCGAGUACGUCGAUCCAAAGGAGGUCUUUCCCCCGUACAACGAGCAGGAUCGGGCACUGCCGCCGGGUGUCGAGAACAGCACCACUGACAGGCGCUCCAAGCGCCAGAAAGCGAACAACGGCCAGGUCCAGUCCUCAACGAACAAACGGUCUCAACCAACCGCGAACAAUGGCUCGUCAGCGGCCGCGGCGUCUUCCUCGCCCACGAAGGGCCGCGGCGCUCGCGGGCGCCCAAAAAGUACCACCGGACAAGCGAAGAACAAGAAGAAUGCGUCGAACAAGUCGACCCCGAAGACGUCCUCCCCUCGCAAGCAGGCCGCAUCCAAGGAGGCGACAAUCGCGCCGGCCGCACCUGUCGCCCAGGGCCGCUGGUAUAUCCCUCCGCGUAAGCACUCGACGGGCAGCGUGUCCGUCAGCUCGGACAGCUCCGGGUCGUCUUCGGAUUCUGAAUGCGACGCAUGA